AUGAUGUUCCUGAUUUUUUUUUUACAUAUGAAAGUAAUACAAUUCACCCAAUAUCUUUCAGAUACUGGUAGCAUGGUAUAUGUAGCUGGUGAUCAACCAACACCUGAUUUUGGAAAUAAUGUUAUUUUAAUUGAUAAUGAAACAACUUUUAAUCAAUGGACAAGGGUUAUUAAUCCUGAUAUAACUUUUGGUGGACAAUAUGAAGUACCAGAAAUAAAAAGCGGUUAUUAUAAUAGAUCAUUCUUUCCAGUUGAUAAUAUAGGAUUUGGUAAUGAAGGUGAGGAACAUAAUUUUAAAUGGUGCGUAAGAAUUCGUUUCGAUUCAUUAUUAAACCCAGGUAAUAUUUCAACUACUCUUAAAGUUACACAUUCCGAUGAUAUUUUUAUUUUUGUUAGAGGUAAAUUAAUUUUUACAUAUUUGGGUAUUGCUGACGAAGUAGAAGGUUAUCAUCAAAUUGAAAAUGAUUCUGGAAGUAAUGUUUUUUCAACCACACCAAUAGAUAUUAUAAAUUGUAAUAGAAAAAGAAGAGAUAUUCAUGUUUUUGGAGUUGAAACAAAUUUUGAAUUUCAAUGUGAUACUAUUGACGAAUGUGGAGUGUGUAAUGGUGAUAAUACAACAUGUAAUUGUUUUGAAGGUAUAAAUUGUAAUUCAGAAGAGUUUAUUUGUAUUAAAAGAGAAUGUGUUAAUAAUCAAUGUGUGGAAUCUGGAUUUAAUUGUUCUGAAACCUAUGGUGGCAAUGCUUGUAUUUCAAAUGUUUGUAAUUUGAAUGAAGGUUGUAGAUCGGUGACAACUGAUUGUGAUGAUAAUAAUCAUUGUACUAUUGAUUCUUGUGAUACCAAUGUUGGUUGUAUAAAUACACUCGUUGAUAAUUGUGUUGAUUGUGGAACAGAUGCUUGUAUUUCAACCAAUCCAUGUUUUAUUUCACAAUGUAGUCCGGUAACAGCAAAUAAAUGUGAUGUAUCAACAAAGAAUUGUUCACAUCCCAACCCAUGUAUUCUAGGAGGUUGUGAUUCUGAUAAUGGUGAGUGUAUUUUCUUUGAAACUGGAAAUUGUGUUCAAUGUGGAUCUUUAGCUUGUAUAACUACUGAUCCCUGCUUACCAUCUAAAUGUCAAAUUUCUGAUUCUGGUGUUCCAUCAUGUGUUGAAGUACCAAUUAAUUGUGACCAUCCAAACCCAUGUAUUACGGGAUUUUGUUCAUUAGAUGGCGUUUGUGAAUUUGUCGAAAUACAAGAUUGCCAAAGAGGAAGUGGCAGUAGUGAUGGUUCAUUUGUUGUAACAACUGGAGCCACAAUUUCACCAUUAACUUCAACAACAACUACAUCAACAACAGCUUCACCAACAUCAACAACAGCAACAACAACUUCACCAACAUCAACAACUUCACCAACAUCAACAACAGCAACAACAACUCAAAACCCAACUACAACCACUAGUGGUACAACAUCUCAAACAGUAUCAUCAUCAACAACUACAUCAACAAUAUCAUCCACAACUUUUGGAGGCACAAUUUCAAGUACCACAUCAAUAUAUGAUCCAUGUUCAAAUAAAAAAUGUCCAAAGAAUCAACAUUGUAAUAACAUUAAUGGUUUUGCAAUUUGUUCCAAAACUGAUUGUACCUCUUGUGAUGAUUUGAAUUGUCCAUCUCAAGGAUUAAAAUGUAUUUCAAUUAAAAAUGAACAAUUUAAAAAUAAUAAUUGUCAUAAUUGUUGUGAAUAUAUUGUUUCAUGUUCAAAUUAA